AUCUCUGUCCGCGUCUGCCUGGCCCGCCCGCCGAUCGAUCACAGAUCCGCGUCUGCACAAACGGAGGACCAGGAACGUGCAUGCUGCUGGUCCUCGGAUUUCUGGGUUAAUGGGGGCGGGGGAGGCGUGCAAAACCCGCCCUUUCCAGGAGCUCGUCCCCAGGCUGAUUUUAAGCCUCGAGACUAGCCAGCUCUUUGGACGUUUGCACUGCAGCCUGGACCCUAGGCCAGACCGAGGGAGCCUCGCUGCGUAGAGAAGAAGCGUCCUGUCCCCACGGCACCCACAAUGCUUUGCCGCCCGGCACCGUCCCCGGGGGUGGGGAGCGGGCGGCUGCGGCUGUCUCGUGGCGCCGCGCCGGAGAGGUAGAUGUGGGAGCAAGAGUUCAUACCCUGGGGUGACGUAUGCGGUUGCCCUUAAGCAAGCAGCCUCUGGCGCUUGGGACGCAUUUUUGGAGCCAGAAUCUCAGACUUUUAGCUUUGUUCCGAUGGGAGCCGGAACCGUCAGGGAAACCGGAGCUUGUUUUCUGCAUCCUUAGGGACCCUGCAGGCUGUCAUCUCUCUCUAACUUGGUGCAGAAAACGGCACAGCCUAGGGUGUAAAGCUUGCCAGGUGAAGUGGAGAAGAUGGGAGUGCACUUUCUAGAGAGAGUUCUAGAGGGUUCCUUACUGUCCAGGGGACAAAGCAGCAAUAAAACCAGGCUAAUUGGAGGAGGGUUGGUAAAGAACGUUUUCUACGUCCAAAAUGAAUCAAGCCGUUGAUUAUGGUAUAAUUCAUUCAUUGUGAGGGCCCGCAUGUGUUUUUUAUUCCCAUCAUGUGUACACUGACCAAAAUGGCACACAUGCUUCUUUUGAAAAAUAACACAGCAAAGUUUUAGGAAGGAAAUAAAAAUCUUCUAUAAUCCCAUCUCUUCCAUUUUUCAGAGGCAGGGGAUAUUACGGAAGAAAAACACGUAUUCAUGUUCAAAUGGGGCACUUUUAGUAGGCCACUCAAAAUAAGGGGAAAAGCAACCUUGGGUGGUACAAAUCAACAAAAUGUCACAAAGAGAUAACAUCGUGUGAUGUGUGUGAAGAUAUUGAUAACCUUUUCGUGGACUGAUGUGAUAGUGAAGGCAGGAGACUUGGAAGGGAGCCUCCACAGUAGAGCUUAAGCUCCACAAGAGCAGGACAUGUGUGUAAUCCUGCCGUUUUCUAGGCACUCCUUUCUGGUGGUAAGGAGUCCUUUCCAAAUAUAACAGGAAUAAAGAAGUUACUUCCCCUGCUGCCAUCAUCUCCCAACAGACUGAGCAAGAAUAUUUUGAGCGCUACAGCAAAGACAGUCCAUCAAACCCUAGAUGAUGAUCAGCCGUGUGACUUUUUCAAGAAAGGGAAUAGGGUGAAUAAACCUUAUCAGAAAAGCAGCAAUAUGAAUGCAGGCCCCUCUUGGAAUAAAGUACAACGUCCAAAGAAUUCAAGAAAAAGGCAGAGUAAAUCCCAAGUCCCCUACGUCUCGUCCCAGCUGAAAAGCAGUCUCGGAGGAUGUGUCCCCCAACCAACUGAGGAUAAACUGAAGGAAAGCAUUUCCCCAGAAGGAAACCCCAAAAGGAGUCCCCUUGGCUACAGGUGUCGGGGGUCCUCAGGGAACAAGUUGUUUCUGGACUUUCAGACGAUGAAAAUUGUCAAAGAAGAUGCUGAGGAGGACAGUGCCAGUGACCUCUCUGAUUCAGAAAGAAUCCCCGUCCCCCCUUCUCCCCUCACGCCUCCAGAUCUUCACCUUCGAGCCGAAGAGAUUGAUGCGGUUCACUUCGAUCUGCACCCAGGGCAGGGUCCCACCCAGCCCGAAUACUGUUACCCCGACUUCCUCCCGGCCCCGUGUAACUCCUGGGACCUGCGGGACAUGGCUGUGCUCCUGCACUCUGAGCGCAGGACAGAGGCCGUGCCCAGAGCCGCGGGGCCGCUGGGGAAGUACGUCGACAGGCUUGUCCAGCUCGAGUGGCUACAGAUCCAGACUGUCCAGUGCGAGAAAGGAAAGGGGGCCAAGGCGAGGCCUCCCACUGCCCCUGGGACCUCGGGGGCUCUGAAAAGCCCUGGGAGAAGCAAGCUGAUUGCCAGCGCUCUGUCCACGCCUCAGCAGGAAGGGCCUCCGAAGUCAGGCCCUUCACGAAAGAAAGACGUGCACCGGGAAGACGUCCAUCCGUCCUAUUACACAUGUGAGGCUUCCACCAAAUCCCUCGAUGUGCUGAGUAGCAGCAGACUGUGUUCUCAGAAGCAAACCCUGGACAUGCAGACAGAGGAGAAGAAAAAGAAAUCCAACAAGAGCUCCAAGCUGCAGCACUGGCAUCUGUCCUGCGGGAACGGCGGCGACCCUAAGAUGGAGAGCAGCGUGAACCUUCGCUUUCCCAGGCAGCCAGCGGUGAUCGGGGACUCCACGGACACCUACAAGGCCUCCAGAGCGCCAGCACAUGCAACUCUUAAGAAAAAGGGAAAUGCAAAUAAUUGUGCUCGAGCCACUAUAUCCAGCGAGAAAAAGCUCAAAACAAAUGGAGUAAAACCAAACACACACAAAUUCAAAUCAUAACUGAGAUGAUGAAUUGCAAGGACCUGCAGGUGCCUCAAUAUUGGAGUGCUUCCAAAAGUUACAAUACUGUGAAUUUUAAGAGACUUUGGGAUUACUGACACUGAAGAGGUUGACCAGUUCUUUAGUCCACGCCACGCCCACCCAAGCCACAACAGGGUCGUUUCCAAAGAAGGGUGUCUUUCAGUAACCAUAUUUUGUGUUGACAGUCUUAGGCAAAUGAGAGCCCUUCAGAUAAAAAUUAACCAAGUUCUGUGCCAUAUAAGAAAUAAAACGACAGCUCUCCAAGGGAAGAGUGGACUAAACUUCUGAAACCUCAGCCAGGCCACGUACAGCGUAUGUAAACUAGUGCGUACUGCUUCAAACGGUGUAGUAUCCUGAAUUUCUGAAAUAGGGCUCUCUGCAUCCUUAUCCUAAACUAUUCAAGCAGAAGGUCCGGGCAUCUCACUCCUGGGGAAGCUUCGGCUCUUCCUCGAGUUACGGAGCAGCUAUUAUGAGCAAAGUCAUUUAUCACUAAGCUGCCUGCUCCUUCCAGACAGUGGAAUCUAGUGCUUUCAAACACUUUCCCUGACGUGGGUUUAAAAAAAAACAAGGCCUUUUCAAUUUAGAGGUAGUGGCGAAGUCCAUUUCUAUAUUCUCUAAGCUGAAGUUAAAAUAGCGUGCAGGCUUCGUCCCAGUGGACGUCGGCGGGUCUGAGCACGGUUGUUAGCACGUGAUGGGAGGAAGAAUGAAACAGUUGGCACCAGAAUCCCCGGCAUGUGUGGCUUCUCUGAAGAGGUGCCGUGGGAAAAAGCAUCAGAAUGAUGAUCUGUCUUCAUUUGUGAGAGCAGGACUUUAUAAUCUUGCUGGGAGCAGGGGGUGGGAGGGCGGACCACGGAUCAGGUUACUGAAUGUCUUAACCUCCUCACCUGGCCCUGCGGCUUCCUGACUCCCCUGAAUGCUUCUUAUUUAACCGCUGUUAAGUCACAUCUACUUGUCCCUAUGGUUGUGCUGAGAGAUUUCUCUUGAUAUUAUGGUGAAUAUCUGUAGAACCUUUGCUUGACUACUUCUUGAUAUACAGUAUGUUUUAAUGACUGCAGCUGAUUUUAUCCCUUCAAACGAUUAUUGUAUUUGUUUUUUUACAUAUAUGUUUCUGUUUUCUCACCUUUGGGACAAAUGAAAAACUUGGCACUUUUCAUCUGAAAAUAUUUACUAACUCGCAGACUUUUCACCCAGUAACUCAGUGUCAUCCAAGGCACUGUUUAAGUUAACAUAAAGACAAGAUGCAUUUAUAAAUAAUUAAAAUAAUAGGCCAAAGUUGAGUAUUAAGAUGCCAUUUUAAAAUCUGAUUUUAAUCGUAUUAACCAACAAAAAUUUUUAUGGUAAUUUUUUUUCUUCUAAGACUUUUAUUUACAGAGUCCCUCUUAUAUUCUCUCUCACACCACCCUACUGGAGAAACCACUGCUUACAAUAAAAUCUUAUGCAUUUUUAUAAAUGAACAAACGAUGUACAUCUGGCAGGCAUUACUUCCAUGGUUCGCAAUUAUACUAUAACUUUUGUACUCAGUAUAAGUAUAGUGUUUUGAAAACAUAGUGCUAGUCUUACUUUUCCUUUCUGUGGUUCCUGAGUGGCACCCCACAUGUCCCUCGACGGCCCUGCUCCUAUGAGUACAGAUGGGUUAGUCCUAUAUACACUGCCGGCACCCAAUUCAUGAGCCUUUCUCUGCUAGAUUUUUAUGCAGCUCUUUAUGAAGUAUUCAGGUUCGAUAAAUCUCUGUAAGCACAUUACAUAUAUUUACACACAUAUAUAUACACACAUAUAUACUCCUGAUAUUAAUCCUACAGGGUUUAUGCUGAGCUGCCGCCUCUCCCAGUAAUGCACCUGUGCAGGUACCCUCAGAGAUCUGGAGGGUGAGGGUGACGUAGUUUACCUUUCCCGGCCUCGUGUAUUUCUGAGCUGAUUAAGAAAUGUUGAGGUAACGCCUCGGAUGUUACAUUUGUUCCUAGCUCUUUGACUUGAAGUUGGUUGCUUAAUUUGGGGGGAUAGCUAUAAUGUCACAUGUUAAGGCAGUUUUAAAAGCCUGAAAAAGUGGCUUUACUUGUUUACUUUUUUGCCUCGGGUUGGUAGUUUAUUUUAACCAACAUUAUUGUGAUUGGAUCAGAGCUCCUAAUGAAUAUGGGUUCAUUAUGGAACAUAAGGACAAUUUUGUGAUUCCUGAUGCACAUCUCUUAAUGCACUAAAUGCUGCAGAUAAGGAUCUCGCCAUUCAGGCAGACAACAUUGGAGAGUUGAGUCAGGAGUUCAUUCAGUUCAUCAAAUUGAAGCCAUUGAAUCUUGUGACAUGAGUCAUUGUAUUUCUAAGAAGUGCCUCUCAUUUCUGUGGAGUUGUUUACAUACAUGUUGCAUUUAAACCAAUUAAAAUGAUCCAAUAAAAUAAAAUAAAUGG